UUUGUAGUGAAAUGAAUAUCUUUAGAUGGCGAUAGCCGUUCUGAUUGUCCAGUGAUCGUAGUUAAUUCUUUAUUAUCAGCAAAAGGGUCAUGAUAGUCAUUAAUAAAUUCAUUUCCUAUUAAUUAUUACUUUCAAAUUUGUUAAAGGGAUAGAGUAUGCAUCAUUAAGUAUCUGUCUAACAAACUUUUUAACCAUUAGUAAUUGCCAUGUGAAUAUAUGAUAGUUACAGCGACAGUCUUUAUUUUUAUUUUUAUUUUUAUUUCAUUUUUGAAGUAACAAAUAGGUAAAGCAAAAAAACAAAGGUAACAAAUACGUAAAGCAAAAAAACAAAGGUAAGAAACUUCUCACUAAGGAUAUAAUGAAUGUUCUCGGAAAGUUACCCAAUUUUGAUGGGCCCUUUUAUUGACCAAUUGGAGAGCAGUCCACCUCAACUGAGCUGUGAGAAGCAUGUUUUAAAAUGAUACAUGUCAUGUUACAGUAGGCAUAAAAAUAUGGAGAGGGCCAGAAAGGGAGUUUGACUUGCACAUGAACCAGCCAUUUACAGCUCAGUAGGCUAUGCCAAUUGCCAUGUCCAAAUAAUGAUAAGAUAAUCAAACCGAAACUCUACUUGGGUAAUUAGUUCAUCAAUAAUCAUAAGCCAGUGUUUCAUGAAUUAGUUCUAAUGUGGGUCAAUUUCUGUAUAUAGAUGCAUACUAUUUUUCCCUACCAAUGGAAUCUGCUGCUGAUGUGUUAUAUAUUUUUUAUUUUCAAUCCAAAAAGCUCAUAGAAAGUGAAGUUAAGCAAUAAAAUGUCAUGUGGACAUACCAAUUUUAUUGGUGACGGUCGUAACAAAUUUCAUUAUAUAUAAUAUGAGUUAAUUAAUGUUCUAAUUUAUUAACUUUGAAUUGUCAUUGAAAUAAUUAAGAAUAGGACUAUCAUGAAUAAUAAAUGGUCUUACUCUAUUAAAUGGAAUAUAAAUUUAUAUUUUCGGGAUAUUCCUUCAAACUUUGUCUAACCUCAUUUAGCUAGAAAAUUUAUUUUUAUUUUUAUUUUUUGCCCAUUAUUGGCUCACAUUUUUCUUUGCUCAAAAAACUUAUCCAAUUAUUUUUAAGAGGAGACUUUCCCAUAAAAUCUCGUACACCUACAAAAAUUAGCAUCAGUUAACCGAAAGGAAUCUAACAUCUAUAGGAGAAAAUUUAUUCAAAAUGAUUAAUUAGUACUCAAAUAGCCAGAACAAGCAAUUUGCUACAUUUUGACAGAAUCGUCCACGCAUAGAAUGUAACCCCUCAUUUAAAAUAACACCAUAAUUAUUUGUAUGGUACAAAAUGCUCAAUGCCAAACCGAAACUCUUGGGUUUUUUUUUUUUUUAAUUUUAUUUUUUAAUUUUUUUUAAUUUUUAAUUUUUAUUAUACUUUGGCACAUGCAAUUUCAAAAGCAAAAGACAAGGAACCGGAAUAUAACAUAAAAGCAACUCACUUCUCAAAGUUAGACAAACUGGCGUAGUUGAUGUGUUUCCUAGCAAGUGCCAAUAAUCUCAUUUAUAUAUAUAUAUAUAUAUAUAUAAUACAAACAAAACCCAUUAAACCUUCAUAUAUAUAUAUAUAUAUAUAUAUGUCCAAACCCAUGAAAUCUUAACCUUUCAUAAUAUACAUAUAAUAUAUAUAAAUAUGCCACCGACGCGCUUUCUGUUCUUUAGGUGUCCUACAAAAACACAAAAACAAAUUUUAGCCUCACAACUAUAACCACCCGUUCCAAUUCAACCUCACCAGCAUUCUCCAAAAAUACCAAAACUCAAACUCCUCCUCCUCCACCUUCUCCGCCUCCUCUUGGCCUCACCGCAGUACUGUCCUCCUCCUCGGAAGCCCUUCUUUGCCAUAUUCAUCAUAUUCUCUUCACAAUUUAUUUCUUGGUGUAAAAAAAAAAAUGCUGGGUGCUCUUCAUGUUGAUCAACUCAACCAAUUAAAAGACAUAUUCGCAAGAUUUGAUAUGGACUCCGACGGAAGUCUGACGGUCCUCGAGCUCGCAGCGCUGCUCCGGUCGUUGGGACUCAAGCCGUCGGGUGAUCAAAUCCACGUCCUGCUUGCCAACAUGGAUUCCAAUGGCAAUGGCUCGGUGGAGUUUGAUGAGCUAGUGAAUGCCAUAUUGCCCGAUAUGAGCGAGGAGAUAUUGAUAAACCAAGAGCAACUUCUUGAGGUUUUUCGCUCUUUCGAUCGUGAUGGGAACGGAUAUAUCUCUGCAGCUGAGCUUGCAGGUUCAAUGGCGAAGAUGGGUCAACCUCUAACGUAUAAAGAACUCACGGAGAUGAUCAAAGAGGCUGAUACAGAUGGGGAUGGUGUUAUUAGCUUCAAUGAAUUUGCCUCUGUGAUGGCAAAGUCAGCGUCAGAUUUUCUAGGCCUUGCUAUGUCAUGACUAAAUGUUGAUUAUGAUGCUAUGUUAACUUUAAUUAAUUAUAACAUGUUCUUGACGUCUCUUAUCUUUACUAAUCUCGAAUUAUUAUACGUGUGCAUAUAUCUAUAUAUAUAUAUAUAUAUAAUACAUAUAUAUUUUUUCU